AUGUCCGCCCCUUCGUUCGCCAAUGCUAUCAUCAAGCGGCCAUGGCUGUACCGGAUCAUGAAGCCAAUUGCCAACUGGUACACCAAUGCUGCCGGGUACAGGCAGAUGGGUUUGAGAGCCGAUGACUUGAUCAUCGAGGAGAACGACACCGUCCAGAAAGCACUCAAGCGUCUCUCCCCCCAAGAAUCAUACGACCGCGUGUAUCGCAUCCGUCGAGCUAUUCAGCUAUCCCUUUCUCAUCAAAUACUUCCAAAGGAACAAUACACCAAGGACGAGGAGGAUAUAGCAUAUCUCUCACCCAUUAUCAGGCAAAUCGAGGCCGAGGAGAAGGAGCGAGGGGAUCUAGACUCGCUGAUGAUUACCAAACGGUCGAAGUAA